GAAAGAUCUCUCCUUCUCUACUUUUUUCUUCUUCCUUUUUCUCUUUUUUCUUGGUUUGCUUGCAACAAUAAUUACCACUUUUUGUCUCCAUUUGCUUACAUUUUCUUUUUCCAAAGAAAGGGUAUUUUUUCUUAGAUUCAAAAGUGAAACAGCAAACACCUUUCUUCUCUUUGUCUUAGUGGAGAGACAUGAAUCUUCUCUGUCCGUUAUUACUUCCCAUGUGGCAAUGUUUCUUGUCUUUGUUAUCACUUGUAAAUCUUGCUAGAACCACACCUGUCUCCACUGUUUCUUCCUUUUCUUCACAAAUGGAAGCUGUUUCUCCAGGAAUGGCAGUGAUUAAAGUAGUGCACCAUCAAGAUUUGAACAAGAGAAUCCUUGUUACUCUAAUUGUUGCUUCCACUCUCCUUUGUGGGGUAUUGCUCUUUUUGUUAUAUUUCUGGAUUUGUAGACACAAAAUCAUGAAGAAUUCCAAUGGGGAAGCCAAACGAAAUCUGGAACCUACAAAAACAAUUUCGUUGAGUCCAAUUGCGGAUCAGUUUAAUUCAUUACCAAUGGCUUGCAAAAAGGGUUCAGUAGCUGUUAUUGAGUAUCGGUUAUUGGAAGCUGCGACGAACAAUUUCCGGGAAAGUAAUGUUUUGGGUGAAGGCGGUCGUGGACGUGUUUAUAAAGCUUGUUUUGAUGGGAAAUUCCUUGCUGUUGUGAAGAAAUUAGAUGGUGGAGGACAUAAUGUUGAAAGAGAAUUCGAGAAUGAGGUCGAUUGGUUGAUCAAAAUCCAGCAUCAGAAUAUAGUUUCACUAUUGGGAUAUUGUAUCCAUGGUGAAUCAAAGUUACUUGUUUAUGAAAUGAUGCAAAAUGGUUCUUUGGAGAGUCAAUUACAUGGACUGACUCGAGGAUCAGCUUUAACUUGGCAACUACGGAUGAAAAUCGCAAUCGAUGUUGCAAGAGCAUUAGAAUAUCUUCACGAGCACUGUAAUCCACCAGUUAUUCAUCGAGAUAUUAAGUCAUCUAACAUUCUUCUGGACUCCGAUUUCAAUGCUAAGCUGUCGGAUUUUGGCCUUGCUGUGGUUACUGGAUCUCAAAACAAAAACGUAAAGUUGUCAGGAACGUUGGGGUAUGUAGCUCCAGAGUACCUCUUAGAAGGCAAAUUGACUGAUAAAAGUGACGUAUAUGCUUUCGGAAUUGUCCUUCUAGAGCUGCUAGUCCGAAAGAAACCGCUAGAGCAAAUGUCACCAUCUCGGUGCCAAUCGCUCGUCACUUGGGCGAUGCCCCAACUUACCAACAGAUCGGAACUUCCGAAUAUAGUGGAUCCAGUAAUAAGAGACACAAUGGAUUUAAAGAACCUAUAUCAGGUCGCUGCUGUUGCUGUGCUGUGCAUACAACCCGAACCGAGUUAUCGGCCAUUGAUAACUGAUGUCCUGCAUUCUCUCAUCCCUCUUGUGCCUAUGGAACUCAGAGGUUCGUUAAGAGUUACAUAAGCUGUCCGUCCUUCCUCAGCCUCUCUUUCGUGAUGAUUAUACGAACUGCUUCUUUUGGUACAAGAUUACAAUGUAAAGUGAUGUAAAAUCGAUGAUUACAUGUCUCUUUGAUACAUCUUUCUAAUACGGAUAGUUGGAACAGAAAAACUCCUUUCAUAACUUCAAUAAGAAAGUUAUGUUCCAUUCUCUGCA